ACCUGAGGGCGAUGAACAUCUGGCUCUGAGUGAUGCAUGCAUGUGUAUGAGAGGACAAAUACGGGCGAGAAGAUCCGCAAAAGAAACUUUUAUGAAACAAAGGAAAUCUUGUGAAGAAUCCCGUUGGCGUUUUGCCAAAGACCAAUUGGAGCUGAAGCAUGGACAGUGACGUGGAAGCCAUGAACACCAGCCUUGACAGUCCACUGAGCCCCAGACACCUGACUGGGUUGGGGAUGAACUGCCUUCUAAGCCAAAAGUACAGACACUCAGGGCCAGGCCUUGCCAGUCCUCAGGAGUACAACCAAUGGCUACCUUAUCGUCAUGAUGCCAGCCUGCUACCCAUGAAAGAAGACCUGGCCUUCUGGCUCAACACAAUUAUGGGUGUGGACCUCACAGGAGACAGUUUGAUGGAGAGGCUGGAUAAUGGCGUUCUCCUCUGUCAGCUGGCACAGCUGCUCCAGGAGAAAAUGAUCCAUGCCAACAAUGGCAAGCCCUUUAUAAGAAGAGUGAUCCACUGGCGAGCUGAUGCAACUUCUGGAUCAUUUUUCGCCCGAGACAACACAGCCAACUUCCUUUACUGGUGUCGAAAGACUGGCGUUGAAGAGGCUUACCUUUUUGAGUCAGAGGAUUUGGUCCUCCACAAGCAACCUCGGGAGGUGUGCCUGUGCCUGAUGGAGCUGGGACGUAUUGCAGCCAGGUACGGAGUGGAGCCUCCGGGGCUGGUGAAGUUGGAGAGAGAGAUAGAGAGGGAGGAGGCGGGUUGCUUAUCUCCAUCAUCCCCUUUGCCCCUCGCCUUUUUUCCUCCUACAUCAUUGUAUUCACCAUCACAAUCAUCCCUGCCCCCAGCCCCCUCUCCUCCUCCUCCACCUGCACCCCUCACUCCAAGUGCAACCUGUCUGUCUGAACCCCUUGCUGCCUCCCUUGCCUCUGAUCUUCCAUCAGCCACAACAAACCCAGCACCUACUUGUUUAUCCCCUCCUCAGUCCUCAGCCUCUAACCCUUGUACAACCACAGCCUCAACACAGACACCUUUGUUCUCUUCAUCCUGCACCACUAACACAUCUGCUUCAACUCCACUGUCAGCACCCACACCAGGCCAAACCCUGGUAUCCGCUGCCAAAGUCUCCUCUACCACAGUAAACAACCACACUCCAACAGCUACACCUCCUAUCACCUCCCCACCUGCAGCCCCGACUCCUCGAUCCUCCAGCAAAUCCACAAGCCGGAGAAGCACAGGCACCAACAACCUCUUGGAUGAUAUUGUGAGGAACAUUAUUGAAAAUCCCCCCUGCAGCUGUCCUACCAAGUUUCUCGUUGAGAAACAACCUAAAGGCUGCUACCGUGUUGGGGAUAAAGUUCUGUACAUACGGAUGCUAAAUGAGCGUCAUGUGAUGGUGCGUGUAGGCGGAGGCUGGGAGACCUUUAUAAGUUACCUGCAGAAACAUGACCCUUGCAGGGGAGGCCCAGAAGCCAGAUCUGAGGUCAAGUUCUGUAGGUACAAAGCAAAGCCACCCAGUUUGAACAUCUCACCUGACAGCUACAUGGUGGUCGGCGCCCAUUACCGUGGCAAGAAGUAGACUCUCAAACUGAAAUCGUUUGAGUGAAUGAAUCGUUUAAUAGAAAUGAAAAUAAUCAUUAGUUGCAGCCCUAGUUGUUAAGUGCUGUAUAUAUCAUGUCUUUCAUAUAUAUCAUCCUCAUCAUAUUCUUUCACAGAUUUGGUGUGAGUUAAGUUUUGAAUUUUGUACUGUGACUUGUUUUAUUGUAGUGUAGUUAGUACACACACAUUGAUGUGUUUAUGUACCAUGCUACUGUAGUUUUUAAUUUGUGUCUUUGAGCGUUUGCAUUUUGGAUGCCUUAGUUGCAGCAGCAGUUUUAGUAGAGUAGUGGUCUUAAAGAUUGGUGUAUAGGGACUUUUAGUUUAAUGGUAUUGUUUUUCUGUAUUUUACUGGAUAAAAUGUGUUUUGAUUUCUGUUUAAAAUAAACUUAUUUUUUAAAAAAGUA